GUCAUGUUUGAGUGGCUCGUUGCUUUAAACAACUGCACCAAUGCAGGUGGAUAUAUAAAACUUUUGCUUUUGUUCGCUCGCUAUACAGUAUCAGUACGCUCAUCGCCGCCGGCGUGUGUACCUACGCUCGCUUUCACGCAGGUGUUGUUGUUCGCUGUUGAGAAUUUUUACACCAUAAGAUCACGUUUUAUUGGAUUUUUUGAAAAGUGCCAAUGAAUAAUUACGCGUAGGAAAAAAAAGAACAACGAGGAAUCAAAAUUAUUAAGAUUUCAUUCGAACAAGACAAGUGAAUCAUCAUUGUUGUAUACUAUUACGAGUGUCACAUGUAAAUCAAGAGAAAUGACGGGAAGAGAGAAAUAAUGUACCGUACGUUGCGAGAUGUGGCCGAAACGAACAGAAAAAGUGUCAACGAAUAAACGUUUAAUCGAUGCAAUUUGUAACGAUUAUUUCAGUACAGACACGUGAAAUAUAUUUAUAACGCGUUAGUAUAAUAUAUACUUACUCAUUGCUAUCGGAGCAACUGUUGGAAAAACACACACGUGUGUGCUGGUGGUGCACCGGUGAUUUUUUCGUGUUACGUAAGGUAUACAUAUAUAUGUAUGUACAUAUACACGCACCACAAGUCGGAGUAGAGAAUAUAAUAUUUAUCAUUUGACCUCGGUGCUUGAGAACAUCGGCGUGGUACGAGAGAAAAGAAAAAUCCUAUAUGGGCGCUAAAUGCAAAAGUUGAAAAAUAAUCAUGAGUUUGUACAUUGUUUCAAAAAUCAUAUUAUGGACCUUAUCGAUCGUAGUCGGGAUUGCAGGAUAUCAAUCGUGCAACAAAGACAUGGUCUGGGAAAAAGUUAGGGGCAUGAAGCCCGAGUUGGCAAGAGAAAUCCGUGUUCUUUAUCGAGGAAUAGAUUCUCAAGGAAUUGUGGCCGCUUGCUUCGAAAAAUGCAAGAGUCAGAAUUGCAAUGCGUUCAUCAUCAACCUCGAGAAGAGCUAUUGCUUUAGCGUUGAUUGGAAAGGAAACGACUUCGGACCAGAGCCAAAUGUAACAUUUUACCACAAAAUCUGCUUGAAAGUUCCGGAAUCUUGUUUAACCAAAUAUUGGCAAGUUGAAAGGAGCUUGGGCUCGAUUUUACAUGAUUCUGCGGCUGUCAAUACGACACCAGAAAUUACGACCAGAGCCGAAUGUUACGAGACGUGUAUAAACAAAGUAAAAAAUUGCAAGGCAGCUCAAUUUCAAACCAGUCGCGAUCUUUUCAUCGGCGACAUAACCGGAUCCUGCACUCUUUUGACGAUAGAAAGAGAAAUGAAGCCUCAAGCGUACAGAGCCUCGUUGUACAGAAACGAGUACCUACAAAAUCAGUGCCAUAAUGUAUCAAAAACCGAGUUUUGUUCUUAUGCCGAGUUUGAAGACGCGUUGAUGCCAUAUUCGGAUUUGCAAGUGACGGGCGUGAAUACAAAGCAGUGCGAGAAAAGGUGCGACGAAAGCAACGAUGGCUUCCUGUGCCGGGCUUUUGGCAUCGAGCGCGUGAAUUCGAACCGUACGACUUGCUAUCUCUACUCCGAUGACACAAUAGGCAACGGCGUCAGCUCUCUCGUCGCUUCACCAAAUUCCUCCUACAGAGAGCGAGAACCUUGCAUCGACAUGAACGUACAUUGCACUAGUUCUUCUUUAAUAGUCCAACUACGUACAGCCGAGCCGUUCAACGGUAAGCUUUACGCUAGCGGGUUCAGCGACAACUGUAGCGCACACGGCCACGGCGAGAAUCUCACGAUUUUGGUCCUACCUCUUCCGGAUUUCAAAAGUACCGGCGGCUCGUCCGCCUGCGGCUUGGCUUUGUCUUACCAAGAUAAUCAAACGAGCGCGAUCGUUUGGUCGACGGUUAUCGUGCAGUUCAAUCCAAUAAUCCAACGCCUUGGCGACCAAGCGGUCAGAGUGGGCUGCUCUUUCAUCAACGGCUCGAUUCCGUUACCUCAGAAUAUAAGCGUCAACUCUGGAUUCACUUUUGUCGAUCCCAACGCUGGUCUGCCGCCGAUAGUUUCCACGGUGGUGAAUUCGUCCUCGGUGGUGCCAACGAUCUCCAUGUACAUCUUGGACGAGAAUCUUAGACCUGCCAAUGUGACGCAUCUUGGGCAAAAGUUGAUCCUCAAAAUCGAAAUGUCACCAAAGCAAGGGCCGUUCGACAUAACGGCUGGUUAUUUGCUGGCGAGCUCGUACUCGGAGGACUCGUCUCUGUUGCUGCUCGACGAGCUUGGCUGUCCAAUAACCCAAAUUUUUCCGGCCCUCGGAAAAGACCCGGCGGACAAUCGCUCGCUCGUGGCUGAAUUCAGCGCCUUCAAGUUCCCAAACAGCCAGCGCGUGCGUUUCAACGUCAUUGUGAAAUUUUGCCUCGAUGUUUGCACUCCGGUGCGCUGCGAUAAUCGAGGGGCAACCAGUAGACGCAGAAAGCGAUCGGUGCCCCCAAGUGAGGACUCGGAGAAGAAAACGCCCUUGUGGCCCAGCAACUCUACGAUGGACCAGCAAAUUCCCCUGCAAACGACCAUUAUAGUGCAGGACUCGAAAUCCGCGAGCGGUAUUGUGCCGAAUCCCUUGAGAUCGACGCGCAAUCCAGAUACGUUUGUCAUACUCGACCCAGGUGGCAUGGACAGUCAAUUCUGCAUGGACGCGAACUUGCUUUUGUUUUUUAUGACGAUCUUCUUGAUGGUGCAGCUCAUCUUGAUAGGCAGCUGUGUUUUUUCUCUAAGAAAUUACAGGCGUCUGGCCAUCAAAGCCGAGGAGGAUCGAGCUGACAUACUGGCCCGUCACCUCUACGGCAUUCACGGCGGUAAUUUUGGAAUUUCCAGAAGAGUUCGUUGGGUGGACAAUGGUACUUCAGUUCAGAGCUAAAGUGUUUUUUUUUUUCUUUCUUUCUUUUUCUUUUUUUUUUUUUUUUUCGUUAAAUUAUCUUGCUCGUCUCUUUCUGUGCGUGCUCCACAAUGCUCGCUGGAAACGACAUUACGUCCUUUCGGAUACUUCUCAUGAUGAUUGGACAAAGGGUGGCAUAAAAAAAUCCAAAGAGCAAUUUAACUAGUGUGAAAUUGUAUAAAAAAAAAAUACAACUGACCUCUUCAUCGUAGCCGCAUUGCUCCAAAACGCGUCUAUAUUAUAUGGUUGUUUUGGACGCUUAAAGUAUUUUGGAUUAUGACGCAAGUUGCGUGAUCUUCGGGGGUUCCCCCCUUCCAUCUCGCCACGUAGGCUCGGCAUCGCUAUAUGUGCCUAUAUGACGUCGUAACUGAGCAAGCUGCCACGGCAAUGUACGCGUGUAUAAUUAUAUUUAUGUACAGGUAUACACUAUGCGGGCUGUAUAUAUAUAUAUAUAUAUUUUUUUUAUUUAUUUAUUUAAAUACUCACUUAACGUUAUCUAAAUAAAGAGAAUUAAACAGCUUCAGCCCACAUAACUCAAUGGCCCACCAAAUGACAAAUGCGACGAGAACUUGAUGAGUUUAGCUUUAUUUGUAUUAACACGAGCAAAGUCCGAGCGAAUUUACAUGACGUUUUUGACAAAUGCUUACAAUCAAAUGUAAUUAUAUCGAUCAACAAAAUUGAAAACACGUUUUUCCGCAAUAGUUGACGCACGAGACCGCGAUCUGUUCGCCAACAGUGCGUGUUAAAU